UCAAGGCAGUUUCAAAGAGCCAGAGGAAGAAAACAGCAGCGUAGACGGAGGAAAAGCCGGAGGGAGCGGUGGGGACCUCAUGGGCUGGGGCAGUGGCUCCAAGUGCUGGGGAUACGACUGCUGCCAGCCACCCCGGGGGAACAAGGGCAGCCAAACAAGAAUGCAACUGACCAAGCCGGAGAAGGUGCCCGAGCCGCACAGCUUCAAGGAGAAGGCCUUUAAGAAGAAGAAGAAAGCGUGUGUGGUGUGUAAGGAAUCCAUUGAGGCACUGGGCCUCGUCUGCCAAGCCUGCAAGAUCGCCAGCCACAAGAAAUGCGAAGCGAAGGUGGUGUCAUCCUGCCAGCCCCUUCCCCCGCCUGAAUUGAGGCGGAACAACCGCUCCGGCUCGGCGCAUCGAGCACUUGGGCUCCACCAAAUCCUCCACACCUCGAAGCAACGCAGCACGCUGCCCAGGAGCUUCAGCCUGGACCACGUGAUGGAGCGCAAGUACGACCUUCGACCUGACCUACAUCAACCGAAACGCAUCAUCUCCGUCUUCUUCCCCCCCGCCCUGGAGGAGCAGCGUUACCGCGGCAACCUGCGGGAGGUGGCGCAGAUGCUCAAGUCCAAGCAUGAGGAUAAGUAUACGCUUUUCAACCUGUCCGAGAAGCGUCAUGACAUCAGCAGGCUGAACCCCAAGGUUCAGGAUUUCGGCUGGCCGGACUUGCACGCGCCCCCCCUGGACAAGAUCUGCUCCAUCUGCAAAGCCAUGGAGACCUGGCUGAACUCGGACCCCCAGCAUGUCGUGGUGCUGCAUUGCAAGGGUAACAAGGGCAAGACGGGCGUCAUCGUGGCUGCCUAUAUGCACUACAGCAAGAUCUCUGCCAGCGCGGACCAGGCGCUCAGCACCCUGACCAUGAGGAAGUUCUGCGAGGACAAAGUGGCCGCAUCCCUGCAGCCCUCCCAGAAAAGGUACAUCAGUUACUUCAGCGGGCUGCUGUCGGGCACCAUCAAGAUGAACAGCAACACCCUGUUCCUGCACCACGUCCUCAUUCCCGCCAUCCCCAACUACGAGGCCAGUGGAGGCUACCAGCCCAUCCGGAAGAUCUACCAGUCCAUGCAACUCGUCUACACCUCGGGGAUCUACAGUGUCCCGGGCCCCGGCCCCCAGAAGCUUUGUGUCACCCUGGAGCCAGCCCUGCUGCUGAAAGGGGACGUGAUGGUGAAGUGCUACCACAAGCAGACCUGCAGCUCUGACCGGGACGUGGUUUUCCGCGUCCAGUUCCACACGUGCACCAUCCACGGAGCCCAGCUCUGGUUCGGGAAGGAUGAGCUGGAUGAGGCCUGGCAAGACGAACGCUUCCCCUUCGAAGCCAGCGUGGAGUUCGUCUUCUCUUCCGGACCCGAGAAGAUGAAAGGCCUGGAGACCUUACGGAACAGCCCAGCCAUCACAGUGGAUUAUAACAUCUCCGAUCCCAUGGUGCGCUGGGACUCCUACGAGAACUUCAACCUCCGUCACGAGGACAGCCUGGAAGACAUGGCCCACACCCGCGGCCCCAUCGACGGCAGCCUCUACGCCAAGAUCAAGAAGAAGCGGAACCUGAGUGGCUUCUCCGCCGGCGGCGGGAGCCCAGCCAGCGCGGACUCCACCCAGCCAGGCAGCCGCUUCCUCUCCGUCAGCAGCGACUCGGGCCACUCCUCCAUGCUGGCCGAACCCUCCCCUCCCGCCAAGCUGCUGCCCACGCCGGCCGAGCGGGAGGAGCUGGACAGGCUGCUUGGAGGCUUCGGGGUCAAGGCCAGGCCGGAGACCCCCAAGCAGCAGAGGGGGGCAUCCCCGCACCAGGAGCUGGGGGAUGCCCCGCACAGCAAUGGGGCCAGGGACAGGGAGACGGCCAUCUUGGAAGACGACCUGGUGGAGAUGAGCCCCUUCGGGCCCCUGCCGUACCCCAGCCGGCGCCCCGGCCUAGCCCGCCACUGCUCCUGCCGCCUGGGCUACCGCUCGCAGAGCUGCCCGGGCGCCCACAGCCCCGAGAGGCUGCCCAGCGGUGCCUACUACAGGCCAGAGGGCACCUUGGAGCGCCGGCGGCUGGUCUACAGUACCAAUGGAGUCCACCUGCACCCCGCCGAGGGCUACCCCUGCCUGCCACAGGAGGCCGGGCCGGGGGAGAAGCGGCGGGUGUAUCGCUCCCUCUCCGAGGGCCUGCAGCCCCUCGCCCACCCCUACGUCUAUGAGCUGCCUCACAGCUCCAGCAAGCGAGAGGACCUGGCCUACAAGCCACCCAGCUACCGGGAGGUGCUGCUCCUGGAAGAGGAGCCAGGGUGCGGCUUGGAGCUGUGCCCUUGCCAGGACUGCCAGGAGAAGGCUCACGAGGAAGCCGGCCUGCCCCCCACCACUGCCUUCUACGGCCUGCACCCUGGGCAGCCGUGACCUGAGGAGUGGGCCCACGAGAGUGCCAAGUCCCCCCUGUCCCGGGCAGGGCACCCCGGCCAGCCCGUGCCGUUGCUGAUGCCGGCCGCCUACAGCCAGCGCACCCGGGGGCAUCACGAGGUGUUUGACUUCGAGCCCGCCCACGCCAAGAUGCCGACGCACUUCGGCCACGGCUACCCGGCCCAGCCCAUGCCCGGCACCCACCAGAAGGGCCACCAGGGCAUGGAGCAGAGCCUGGAGACCUUCCACUACCGCUAUGGCCCCCCCUACCCCGCCCUGCUGCCCCACGGUGCCUAUGCCUGCGGCACCCCCACUCAGUGCCCCCAGCCGCCCUUCUACGGCCGGUCCCCGGCCAGGCCCUGCACCUCCCCGCCGGACAUGCGGCCGUACACACCAGGCUACCACUCGCCCCCGUCCGGCUCGGCAUCCCCCGUCAGCUCGGCCUACCCGGCCUCCAGAAACCAAAGCUACGAGCCCCAGUCCCCGGAGACAGGCCAGGGCUACCCACACCCGGGGCACCAGGACCAGAUACCCGCUGAGAUGCAGGGCCAUGGAGAGGAGGCGCCCUGGCGAGACGUCCCUGGCUCCCUGCACCAGCCCCACCGGGAGGCUCAUGCCGCCUGCCCCGCGCCCCCUGAGCUGUCGGGCCCGCCGACUCCUCUGCACACCAGCAGUCCGGUGCAGAGCAAAGACAGCCCCGCGAUGCCCAAAGGCGGCACCCCGGCUGCCAGCCUGCAGGAGAGCUCAGCGUGCUCCAGCCCGGAGGAAACGGCCCCACCCAGCGCCAAGAGGACCCCAGAGAUGAGCUCAGCCCUGCCAGGGGCCGCGCCCAGCCCCACGCAGCCCCCUUCUCCGACACAGGCCUGUGGCCACGGAGCCACCUCCAGGGCCCAGGCCAAUGGGCCGGCCCUGAGGCAGCCCUGUCCCCGAGCCCACAGCCUCGCCAGCCCACCCCAGGGCACCGGCCUAUCCAGGGUGAACCCGGGAGAAGCCCCAAGUCACCUGAAUGGCCCCAGCUGCCCAGCUGUCUCCCCUGAUUCACCCCCCAGAAAUGGGACCCCAGCACACCUGCUGCCCCCUGGCAUGGACAGGCUGGCCCAGCGCAGCCCCCUGGGCGCGCCUGUCCACAGCCAGGCCUGCACCAGCUGCAGAGCGACAGCUACGCUCAGGAACCCAGCCUCCUACAAUGGGCACCUGCCUAGUGAUAGAGCCGAGCUGGCCCCGGGCACCCUGGCCCGCUGCCCCAAUGGCAGCCCCCUCCCGAGCCCCAUUGCCUCCUACAGCCCCUCCGACCUGCAGUGCUCCCCGACCCCUGCCUUCCCCAUCGCUACAGCCUACUACCCGGGCAGGGAGAGGAGCCCGCCACCCCCAGGCUCCCCCAGCCAGAGCCACGCCCGCGAUUCGCCGCAGCAGCCGCCGUUGCCCGAGAAGCGCCACACGCUAGUGUCUGGCAACUGGGAGAGGAGCUCGCCCCCAGGACGGGGCACUGGGACGGGCCACCACGUCACCUUCGCACCCGACACCACCAGGCCGGACCCAGCAUCCCCGUCCGGCUCUCCGGGGGCCCGCUCGUCCCUUUCAGACAUGCAGCCGGAGAGCCACAGCAACGUCAAAUUUGUCCAGGAUACGUCCAAGUUUUGGUAUAAACCCAACCUGUCCCGGGACCAAGCCAUUGCCCUGCUGAAGGACAAGGAGCCUGGCUGCUUCCUCAUCCGCGACAGCAACUCCUUCCAAGGUGCCUACGGGCUGGCUCUCAAAGUGGCGACACCCCCGGCCAACUGCCUCACCCUCCCUUCGAAAGGUGACCCCAUGGAGCAGCUGGUGCGUCACUUCCUGAUUGAGACGGGCCCCAAGGGGGUGAAGAUCAAGGGCUGCCAGAACGAACCCUAUUUUGGAAGCCUGCCCGCCCUGGUCUCGCAGCACUCCAUCACCCCUAUCUCUCUGCCCUGCAAGCUCCGGAUCCCCAGCAGAGAUCCCAUGGAGGAGACCUCGGACGUGGCCAUCCCCACCAACGUGAGCACGGCGGCUGAUUUGCUGAAGCAGGGAGCGGCCUGCAGCGUGCUCUACCUCAGCUCGGUGGAGACGGAGUCGCUGACGGGCCCCCAGGCCGUGGCCAAAGCGGCAGCCAGCACCCUGAGCUGCAGCCCCCGCCCGCUCGCCUGCCUCGUGCACUUCAAGGUCUCGGCCCAGGGCAUCACCUUGACGGACAAUCAGAGGAAGCUGUUCUUCCGGCGCCAUUACCCCGUGAACAGCAUCACCUUCUGCAGCACGGACCCACAGGACAGGAGGUGGACGAAUCCGGACGGCACCACCUCCAAGCUCUUCGGCUUCGUGGCUAAGAAGCAGGGCAGCCCCUGCGAGAACGUCUGCCACCUCUUCGCCGAGCUCGACCCCGAGCAGCCGGCCUUGGCCAUCGUCAACUUCAUCACCAAGGUCAUGCUGGGGCCGCACAGGAAAUGAGCGAGGCCGGGAGAGACGCCAGCCCUGCCCCUUUCCCCCGGCCAGCGCCCAGCCACACAGGGGGCAGCGGCUCCUAGCGGGGGCAGUGGCUGGGCUGCGGGUGCAGCCCACCCAUCUCGCUGACCCUGACACAGGCCUGAUCCCGCUCGCCCUUCAGUCAGGAUGGGGCGGGGGGUUCUCAUCUGGCCAUUCCCCCCACCCCCAGCUCGAAGCUUUAACCUUGUCAGAGACACCAAAAACCAAAGGCACCUGGCUAACGGGGGGCCCAGUUCGGUCACACGCCCUGUGGUGGCACAGCAGGGGUUAAUGCUCAGGGCUCUGGAAGGGGGCAGCCUUGGGGCUGGUGAUCUCAGCAGUGUGGGGUCACUGGAGACAGCGGGGGGCAUGGAAGAGGCAGGCAGCCAGGGGCUGGGCCGUUGCCGAGGGGAUGAAGGCUCCUAGAGGGGGAAGUGUCCGAGAAGCUGUAUGUGCCGAAGGAGCAGGGGGCAGGAGCACGCGGCAGUUAGCAAGGCCAGGGCCCACCCCAGGGUGCCUGGCCCUGCAUGGGGUUGCCAGGAGCCGAGGGAGUGGGAGAGACAAGUUCACGCUCCCGGCAUGAUCAGUGCAGGCACUUGGCUCUCAGCAUGCCAAGGCCUGGGCACGGGAUUCAAGAGCAGAGCCAGCAUGGUCUAGGGGGUUACAGCAGGGAUGGGGCUGGUGAUCAGGACUCCUGAGAUCUAGCCCCUGCUCAUGGAUAGGGGUGGGAUCUAGCAUGCCAGAGCCAGGGGGCUGGGAACUAGGACUCCUGGGUUCUAUCCCCAGCUCUCCCCCUGCUGGGCUGUGUCUUAGCAAGUGCAAUGUCAGUACUCAUGCGAGGGGCCGGUUGUUUCUCGGAGGACCAGCUGCCUACGGAGGCAGGCUGCUCCCACAGAUGAGAUCCUGCCAGCGCAGGCAGGGGCCAACUCAGGCCCUGCUGCCCGAGAGCGACAGUGCCUUGUGGGGAGAGGGAACCGGGGCCCAGCCAACACCCCACAGCAGCUUCGCCAGCCGCCUCCAGUGCAGAGCAAGGGCUGCAGCCGGCCGAUGCCGAAGGCCGUGCCGUGGGGGUGGGAUUUACUAAAGAGAAGAGAUCUAUUUUUGUCUAAUAAAGAAUUUAUAUGAGCUCCAGG